GCACAACCCCCAACUCCACACAAACCAAACGAAAGGGAACGAAAAGAAAGGACAAAACAAGUAAAUCAAAAAGUGUGGGAAUGGCAAUAGGCAUCGUCGUCGCCACCGGCCGCUGCGCAAAAACCAUCCGCGUGCGAGUCCCAAAAUUGACCUGGAACUCCCACAUCCGAAAGAAAUACACCGACUACACUCACCACCUCGUACACGAUGGCGCCGAAGCCUGCGUUGAAGGCGACUGCGUUAGAAUUUUACCCAGGCACGUUACUAGCAGGAGGAAGACGCACAUUGUCGCUGAGAUCAUCUCCCCAAUGCGCACUGGGAGUGAGAGGAAGCCCCUCGAGAGCGUCGAGGAGUGGGUGGCCAAGAAGGAGGCCAAGCGCAGGGAUAAGGUUUUAAGGAGGGAGAUGAAGCGGGGGGUUGUGGGGGUGAGUAAUAUUGAGGGGUUGUGGGCUGCUGGGAAGGUGGUGGAGGAUGGGACGAGAGAGGAUUUGAGGGGAUAUGAGGGGAUUGUGAAGGAGGGUGAAGCUGGGGAUGAGCAGGUCUUAGGAUAGUACCUGGUGGGAAGAUGUGUGUAAUAUACUCGACGGGGGACCAUAGACCCGACAGGUUGCAAAAAGGGAGAGACCAAUUACAUUCCCAGUUCAAAUCAAAUC